CUAUUUCACACUAAGUUUCACUCUCCCAUUCGUGCCUUAUAACAUAUACUCAAUUCAAGACCUCGUUUGCAACAAAAAAGUGGAAGAGUAAUUCCAUUCUUGUUACUAUUAGUUCAUCUUUCACAAAAUGGAAGAGACCACAAAGAGGGAACAAAUUAAUCUGAUCAAUGAACUAAUCCAAGGAAAGGAGCUAUCUAAGCAGCUCUUUAACCAUCUAUUCUCUUCUUCUCCUUCAUCCCUUGAAACCAAUGAAUUCUUGAUUGAGAAAAUAAUUUCGUCCUAUGAGAAUGCACUCACCAUGCUGUACUUGGGGUCUAAUAUGGGAGAGAUUAAGACCACCAGGGGCAGCAUGAUGGAUUCCCAUUGUUCUUUUACGAAUGAGAGCCCCAGAAGUGAGGUCAUGGACCAUGAAUCUAAGCACAAAGCUGUCUACAAGAAAAGAAAGACCAUGCCCGUAUGGUCAGAGCAAGUGAAGAUUGGCUCAAGAUCAGGACUUGAGGGGUCUUUUGAUGAUGGAUAUAGCUGGAGAAAAUAUGGUCAGAAGGAUAUUCUUGGAGCAAAGUUUCCAAGAGGAUAUUACAGAUGCACACGUAGAAAUGUACAAGGGUGCCUAGCAACAAAGCAAGUUCAACGGUCAGAUGAAGACCCAACAAUAAUUGAGGUGACCUACAGAGGAAGACAUACAUGCACACAAGCUAAGCAUUUAAUCAAGGCAUCUCCAUCAAAAAUAAAGAUGAGUUUGGGGGAGAAUACUAUGCAACAGGCGAAAAUAGAGCAAACCCCAGAAGCAAUUUUCAAGCAUGAAGCUGAGCUUGAAGUUAAGACAGAAGACUUGGAAACCAAGGAGGAUAUCUUCCCAUGGUUUUGCUUUCCUUCUCCAUCAGAAAACGAGGACACCAUAUUAUUCGAGACAAUGAUCGAAAAACAUGUAAUGGAAAGCUUUUAUCCUUCAUUCAUAUCACCAGCAACUUCAGAAUCAAACCUUCUAUGUUUGUCAGCAUACCACUUAGGGAGCACUGGACUUGACCAAAACGUACAAACCUCAGAAUCUGAUAUUACUGAGAUAGUUUCAGCCUCAACUUCAGUCACCAAUUCUCCAAUCCUGGAUUUGGAUAUCUUGCUUCAUAAAGGGGAUUUCGACACCGAUUUCCCUAUUAACACCCCUGAAUAUUUCUUAUCAUAAAAUUUCCCACUGCCACCUAGAUAGUUAGGAGAGAGAGUAAGAACAGCAUAGUCGGUGACCGGAUUAACUGGUGAGUUAGUAGAUCCUGAAGGAAGGGUAAUCAGAUUCAUAAGUCAUGUUCAAAAAUCAAGAUAAUGAAACCUCCCUGUCAAGCUAGUUUGGAGAGUUUUCCAGUAUGUAAUGCGUAAAUAAUUUCUAGUUGUAGUCUAUUUCUGCAUUUUCUCACUAGUAAUUGAUUCAUGUCUUGUAUUGGCUCAAGCAGGGAUAGAAUUUUGUGCAAUGAAUCAAUUAAUGCGGUGCCCCUUUA